AUGUUGCAGUCGUUCGAGGAAGAACGAAACACAAUAAGAAGCCGUCUUUGGGCUCUCUGCUUCUCCGUCGAAGUUACUUUGCAAAUUCGCAGUCUGUGCCUCCCGGAGAUUUCAAUCAACCCAAUUCCGUUCGCCGUUUCAGCUGAAUUCGAGAUGGUCUACAUCGUUUCCUGGGACGAAUUCGUUGAUCGAUCUGUCCAGCUUUUCCGAGCUGAUCCUGAAUCUACUCGGUAUGUCAUGAAGUAUAGACACUGCGACGGCAAGUUGGUUCUCAAGGUUACUGAUAACAAAGAGUGUCUCAAGUUCAAGACAGACCAAGCACAAGAAGCAAAGAAAAUGGAGAAACUGAAUAACAUAUUUUUCACCCUCAUGGCUAGAGGACCUGAUGUUGAUCUUUCUGAAGUCACCGGGAAAGAACAGAUAGAGACACAGCCUGCCAAGAAAGGAAGAGGAAGGAAGCAAUAA